AAUGUAAAGCACUGGAAACUGGACUUGGAGCUGAGACUGGAAACGUCUGGCAUUUUUAGAGAUGAACGUAUAUGAUCUUUCGCUGUCGUUUGGCCACUGGGUGGCAGCAGUGAGUUGUUGAUGAACUUUCAGCUUAUUUUGAAGGGGACUCACUCAGUUGCACAUCUAAUGUGCGUCUUAGCGGCUUCAGGUACGAUAUAUCUAACAAUGUCAUCAUCAUUUAUCCAUUAAACUUAAACGAAAUUAUUUAUGUUUUUUGUUUGUUUUUUUUAUGCUUUUGGAGAAGAUGAUUUGCGUUCGUUUGCGCGCAAGCCUGAUGGAUCCAGCCUGCAUGAUGCUCACCAGUGAGCAUCAAACCCCACCCCUGGUCUAAAACACACAGAGAGAGAGAGAGAGAGAGACGGUGGGUGGAACUGUCCUGUCACCAGGAGCCGCAGGCUGUCAUAUUAGACGAUUGUGCGUCUUCAAGAGGAGAUGAGAAGUUGGGAUGGCAGCACUCCAAGCUGAGGCUCCGUUUGGGAAUACACGUUCAGGCGUUUAAAUUAAACCUCCCCCCAGAUGCUGACAGUAUGAGUGAAGUCAAUGAGAGCGUCUUUCUGAACAGGUCACUGAGGCCGGACCUCUUCAGCAACCUGGAGGACAUCGACGUGACGGCUGACGGAACUCCGGUCCUCAGAUUCCUCAUCUGCCUCGUCUACUCUGUGGUGUGCGCCGCGGGGCUGGUUGGCAACCUGCUGGUCCUCUUCUUCAUCAGGGUCAGACAGGAGCGCAGGAAGUCCAGGGUCAACUUCUUUGUGCUCAACUUGGCGGUGACGGACCUGCAAUUCGUCCUCACGCUGCCCUUCUGGGCCGUGGACACCGUCAUGGACUUCAGCUGGCCGUUCGGAGACGCGAUGUGCAAGAUCAUCCUGUCGGUCACCGUCAUGAACAUGUACGCCAGCGUCUUCUUCCUCACCGCCAUGAGCGUGACCCGCUACUGGUCGCUGGCCUCGGCUCUGAAGAACCGAACCGUGCAGAGGUCGUGCUCCGCCAAGUGGGUGUGCGCGGUCAUCUGGACUCUGGCGACCGUGGCCACCGCGCCGACGUCGAUUUUCUCCACGGUCACCAACGUGACGGGAGAGAAACUGUGCCUGCUGAGGUUUCCUGGCGGCCAGUACUGGCUGGCGGUGUACCACAUCCAGAAAAUAGUUGUGGGUUUUGUUCUGCCCAUGUCCAUCGUGUCGGUCAGCUACUUCAUGCUGCUGCGCAUCAUCCGCAAGCGCAGCAUGAAAACCAGCAACCCCAAACGGAAAUCCCAGGUGACCAAGUCCAUCACCAUCGUCAUGCUGUCGUUCUUCUUCUGCUGGAUGCCGAACCACGCCAUCACCCUGUGGAGCGUCCUGGUCAAACUGAACUUUGCCAACUGGGACAGUGCGUAUUACAUAGUCCACACGUACGUGUUCCCGCUCACCGUGUGCCUGGCGCACACCAACAGCUGCCUGAACCCGAUCAUUUACUGCCUCAUGAGGAAGGAGUUUCGGGACAAACUGCGGGGUCUGGUCCGCAGGACAUAGUGGUUUUAAAGGCUCAGGGAGCGACUUAAUGACGCGCGUAAUGUGCUCGGCAAACUGUAACCAAGGCGCACUGGAUGCGCAAAUCGGAACCCAUCAGCACGCUUCUUGUCGCUCAUUUUUAUGAUAAGAUUGUUCUGACCCCAUUCAGAGCUACAUGAAUGUUUUACGUUAAAUUAUUAAAAAAAAAUAAUAAUUUGCUACGUUGCUUCGUGAAUAUUUAUGCGUCAAAAAAAAAAGUCGUCCACGGGUCGUGCGUAAAAGCGCAUCACAAUCAUCUAUGUAUUUUUGUGCUUUUGAUAUUACUGGGCUGAUUAUGUGUGGUCAGUCGCUUUCCAUUUUCAUCUGUGAAUGUUUUAACUAUAAGUGCAUUUAUAGAAAGCUGAUGGAGCCGUGCGCAUCAGUUUUCUCCCCCACAACAGCAACAAAAAGAAAAAAACAUCAGAGCUAAAAUGAUUGUUGUAAAUAGGCAGCAAAACCUCAUGUGUGCCAAUAAAAUACAGCAAGUUCA